AUGUACAUACACAGACACGCAUACACACAGAUACAUGUACAUACACAGAAAUACACAUGCACAGACACAUGUACAUACAUACACACACACACACGUACACACAGACACGUGUACAUACAUACACACAAACACACACAUGUACAUACACAUACAUGUACAUACACGCAGACACAUGUACAAUUGUACAUGCAAACACAGACACACACAAACACACACACACGUAUACGUACACACAACCCCCCCCCCAUAAAAAGUUGCAGUAAUUCGUUGUUCACUCACAGAUCCGGGUACUGCACUCUAGGGGGAGGCAGAGAGCACAGCACACACCCCUUGCUUUGCUUUCACUGCGCUCAGCUAUUGAGCAAUCUGAUGGCUCCCAGUGCCAAUGACAUAUCCGGCCUGAGCUCUGAGCCUCCUCAGCAAGACGGCCCUGGGGGACACGCUCGCCCCACCAUAAUUUCCACACGCCAUUGGCGAGCAGGCGAGUGGAAAUUUCAAGCCCUAUUC